UAAUCCAGUGACAAGUGUCGCUUCUUCCAUGCAGAUCCUUUUCGUAUAUUCCUCCAUUGCUUAUCUAUAUAUAAAGGCUGCAGCUUGAAUUUGUUUUUGCAUUUUCCCGCUCUCUCUUAUCCACUCUAUUGUCAAGUUAUCAAUCCACCAUUAAGCCCGGAGGAGCUAGCGAUGUCGGCCUUCAUAGGAAAGUACGCAGAUGAAUUGAUAAAGAAUGCCAAGUACAUAGCAACACCAGGAAAGGGCAUUCUCGCCGCCGACGAGAGCACAGGGACCAUCGGAAAACGACUCGCUAGUAUCAACGUCGAGAACAUAGAGUCCAACAGGCAAGCCCUCCGAGAGCUUCUCUUCACUUCCCCCAACGCUCUCGCCUACCUUUCCGGCGUAAUCCUCUUCGAAGAAACACUUUACCAGAAAACCACCGACGGGAAGCCCUUCGUGGAGGUUCUCCAGGAGAACAACGUCAUCCCUGGAAUUAAAGUCGAUAAGGGCACCGUCGACAUCGCCGGCACGAACGGUGAAACCACCACCCAAGGCUUCGACUCAUUGGCCACUCGUUGCCAGCAAUACUAUAAGGCUGGUGCCCGUUUUGCCAAGUGGCGUGCUGUGCUUAAAAUCGGUCCCACUGAGCCAUCCGAGCUGUCUAUCCAACAGAACGCUCAGGGUUUAGCUCGUUAUGCCAUUAUCUGCCAAGAGAAUGGGCUUGUCCCCAUUGUGGAACCGGAAGUCCUCACCGACGGCAACCACGACAUCAAGAAAUGCGCCGCCGUUACAGAGACUGUGUUGGCUGUUGUUUAUAAAGCCCUCAAUGAUCACCAUGUACUUCUUGAAGGAACUCUCCUCAAGCCCAAUAUGGUCACUCCUGGCUCUGAUAGCCCCAAGGUUGCUCCGGAGGUGAUUGCAGAGUAUACAGUUACGGCAUUACGUCGAACAGUGCCACCGGCGGUGCCGGGGAUUGUGUUCCUGUCGGGAGGGCAGAGUGAGGAGGAAGCAACAUUAAAUCUAAGUGCCAUGAACAAGUUGGAAGUGCUGAAGCCAUGGACACUGUCCUUCUCCUUUGGGAGAGCCCUGCAGCAGAGCACACUCAAGACUUGGGCUGGCAAGAAGGAGAACGUGAGCAAAGCUCAGGAGACAUUCUUGGGAAGGUGCAAGGGUAACUCUGAGGCCACUCUUGGCAAGUACAUAGGUGGUUCAGGUGGAGAAUUGGCCUCUGAGAGUUUGUACGUUAAGGGUUACAAGUAUUGAAUUUUGUAAUCCACUCCCAAGUGAAAAUAUCUUCUUCUUCUUCACUCCUCCCCUAUCCUUAUGGACUUUUAACUAAACUGAAUUCAUAGUUUUGUAUCAUUGCUUA